AAGGAAGAACGAAGUAUCUAUCUGAAAUCCGAAGAAGUGGAUAUGAUUUUCACUGAAGACACACCACCGAAAGCCACCAAUCCAGGAACCUUUGAGAAUCUUGUUAAUGGAAUAAUAUCCUCAGAAUCUAUGACAAAUCUGGAAAAUGAAAAUCAUAUCUUGGUAGAGAAUGAUGAAGAUGGGACUAAUGUUUCCAAAACGAAUUUUGAUAAAAAACCUUUAACUCAACCAGUUUCUGCAGGAAGCAAAAACAUUCUGAACAUAUCAAAUGACACAGGACAGCAACCUGGCGAGAGUUUAAUUCAUAAUGGUUCACCUUGUAUGUCUAGCGAUGGUGACAGUGAGUGUAGUUUUGAAACUGUUAAACUUUCCAACAAUGAUUCACAGUCUCCUUGCAAAACUUCCGAAAAAGGAUCCAGAAUAUUGAAAAUUCCUGUUGAUAUAGAUGAAUCGACUAAUGACUCUGAUAAGUACUCAUCUGGGUCAAGUUAUACUAUUGACAGUUUUAUGCAAAUAACCAAAAAAAAUAAAUCAUCUAAAAAUAUAUCUUCAUCACAGGAUCUCGAUAGCUCUUUCAACUCACAAGAACAUGUAGAAAAGCAUUCAAUAGAAUCUGAUUCUGGUAAUAUUACGAAUAGUCAAUCUUCAACAUCUGCUGAUAGUACUGAUAUAUCAAAUUCUUCAUCGAGUGAAAGUACCUUAGCUAACUCAUCUGUUGAAGAAGUGACAACAGAGUGUAUUACAGAUAGCACAUUAGUUGAUAAAUUGGAUGAGACUACAGUCACCAGCAUAUUUGACAAUAAAUCUGGGUUACCUACGUUGAUUAAGCGUACAGAUAAUCAAUGCUCACAAACAAAAGAUCCUUUCAUUGAAAUUAUCACCUCUCCGGUUUCUACCAGCUGUGAUUCUGGAAAUCCACAGUCUGAUAUCCUUGAAAAUUUUUCAGCAUAUCAGUAUGGCAGUAGAACUGAAGAGAAGAAACAAAAAGAGUCUGAUUCUAAAAAGCUACCGAGUGAACCAAAUUCAGAGGGUUACAUAGAGUCUGCAACUGCUAAUAUUCCUCAUUAUUCAGAAAAUACAAAUAUGGAACAUCAGGAGAAUAAAAAUGAUAGGGAUGGUGAAUUGUCUGCUAUUGAUAAUGAAAUAAAUUCUUAUGAACAAACAGAAAAUCUAAAUAGUCACAAUGGCAAAAAUGAACAUGCAAAAGAGACGGCCAUGAAAAAUUCAGAUGAGCAUACAAAAAUGACAAGCUCUGAGAAAAAAUGUCCUGAUAGAAGUGAUGUCAGUAAAGAGGGAAAGGAUAGUUCCAUUGAUACUUUGAAUUAUCCUGAUGACCAGGCUGAAAGACUCACAAGUAGAAAAAAAGUGGAAUAUCUGGGUUGUGGAAAUGAAGAUACAAAUUCUACAUAUGACAAAAGCAAUUAUCUUAAUAAAAAAAUCUCUGAAAAUGAAAAUUCUGAUUCAACAGAUAAUAUCGAGGAUGGAAUCGUUGAUGAUAUAUUUUUCAAAACACCCGAUGAGUCUCUUCAAAAUGAUGACAAUAAAAAAAGUUGUGAAGAUUCUGAGUCUUCAGAUAAUGAAAUUUAUUUUCAACCCACCCAAAAGAUAUCUGAAACAUCAUAUAUUCAUUUAGGUUUUGAUGAAGAUGAAGCAACCCAGGUCAUAACUACGAUUGAACAAACAGAAGCAGGAAGUAUUGAUAAGCAAAACAGUCAGAGAGUGUCUGCUGGAGAAAAUAAAGAUGUUGCAAAUGACACCAGUAACGUAUAUUAUUUGGCUACUCAAAAAUUAUCUGAUACAGACACUAGUAAUGUAGAAAAUGAAGGUAACAGAGAUCAUUCCAAGUCGGGUCAAGAUUCAAUAGAACCUGAUGUGAAUGAAAGAGAAGAUGAUAUUAGCAAUCCUUUUUCUGUGGAAACAGUAAAAUGGGAUUCAGAUGAAGAUACUAAUAUCUCUGACAGUCAAUCCUUCACGGUAUCAGAUCUUUUGAAUGAACACAAUUACAGUUGUGCUUCUAUUUCAGACAUUGACGACCCUGCAAAAAAUGAAAAAAUCGUUCAGAAUCCUGAAAUAGAAGAUAGUGAUUCUAGAGAAACUGAUAACAAAGUAUCAGAUAAAGUAAACUCGGAACUUGAAAUAGAGGACAGCGAUUCUGACACUAUAAAUCGGAAUUGUAAAAAUGAGACAGAUGAAAAUAACAUAGUUUCUCCAAGUUUCUCCUCACGAGAAAAUGGAAGUGAUGAAGAAGAUUGUCAAAAGUCACUUUCUGAUUCAUUGGACAUUAUUGACACAAGCUACAUACACAGUGAACAUAAUUAUAGUUCCGGUGGAUCUCCAGGUGUCACCGAAGAUGAAGAUAUAGUUAACAGAUUUGCAGGAGGGUAUAAUCAAGCUAAAGGUAAUGAUAACGAUAGUGACGAAACUGACAUAGAUAGAGAAAUGAAUUUCAAUAAAGAUUUUGUCAGUGUAUGUGAGGACAAGAAUUCAGUAGAGAAAAAAGACUUGGCUAAUCUGGAGGAAAUACCGGACAGUCAGGAAGAGUUUUCCCUCUCGCAGCAGAGUACCAAAUCAUAUGAAUUUGACAUCAGCGAAAAUGUCAAUAAUUUAGGUAGUUCAAGUGAUGAAGAAAUAGAUAACACUGACAAAGAAACUACAGAUAUGAUCCAUAAAAAUGAGAAAGGAGCAGGAAUUAUUGCCAAAGAACUAGAAGCUUUGUUGUCAGAGGAUGUCAGCAGCCCAAGUAAAUCUGAAGGGCAUAAUCAACAGCAGAAUACAGAAGUAGUUGUUGAAUCUUUGGAAAAUAAUAAGGAAAAAGCGCAAGCAGUAUUGAUCGACAAUAAUGUUCAGUCAUGCGAAUCUUUAUUAGAAAUUACUAUGGAGGAAAUUCUGUCAGAUGUGGAAAAAGAUAAAGAAAAAGUUGACUCUCAAGCAACCAUAAUCUUAGAUGAUGAUGACAUCAAACCAAAAUUAGAAAUAGUUAUUGAAGAAAAUAUGUUGGAGGAUUCAAAGCAUUUGGUUCAGAAUCAAAAUGAUAUCGGUGAUGAAAUUCUUGAACUGUUGAAAGAGGUAGCUAUACCAACCUUAGAAAAUGCCAAUUUAAGCCAGAUUGAUACAACAAACAAUAUCCCUGGUGAGCUCAAGGAAGCAGAAGACAUUUUGAAAAUGAUGGUUCAAGGAAGUUCAAUUGAAUUGAGCGAAUCAGAUGAGACUGAUGAUGAUCUACUACUUUUGAGUGAUAUCAGUUUGGAAGAAGCCGAUAACGAAGAAAAAACCACAAGCUUUCAGAAAAAUAAAAUGUUACAGGUUCUAGCUGAACAUAAUAUGAUCGACUGCUACGUUGACAUAGAAAAGUUACAACUACCCAAAGAGGAUUUAGUUGAAUAUACCAAAAAAUUAGAAGAUAACAUUGAUUGGUUGUGCGACUUAAACACAUUGAAUAAAAGGAAAAAUGAUGGUAACCUACCAUAUGGAAAGAUGAAGGGCGUUAAGAAAAUAAGAAGGGAUUCAAGUUCCAUUUCUAGUUCAUCGGAUACUGAUUCCGACCUUGAAAUUUUUGGACCUAGGCCUGGCACACCUGUUCUUCCCAAAAAAGUUGAACAAAAACUGGAUACCUUUCUGGCUAAUGCAAUAUGCAGAGACUUGAAAGGUAGUAGUGACUUGAGCAGUUAUGAAAAUGAAGUUGAGACUGAUGAUUCUACAAAGAAAAAACAGAAAAAUAAAAAGGACACCAAUAAAAAAGGUGACAAUGAAUCUGAUAACAAUAAUGAAAGUAAUGCAGAUGCAGUUGAUGAGAGGGAAAAACUUAGCAAAGAGGAUUUGGAAAAAAAAUCAUGGAAAAAUGAUCCUCUACUGAGGGGAAAAUUGUCAUCAGGUUCAGAUACUGGUUGUAAUAGUAAGAAAUCUUUAAAAAUGAAAAGAAAAAGUCGGAGAUUGGAACGUGAUAAUGAAGUCAGUGUAGCUUCAGAUAAUUUAGAUUCUGACAGUGACUUGGAAGGUGUUUGUGAACAAAACAAAUCAAAGUUGGAAGAGACACUAAUCAGUCCAAUCAAAAGAAAUAUUCCAUCUUCUGAUAGUAGUAGUAGUGAUUCUGACAGUGACAUCGAAUUUGUGUCUCAAAAAGUUCAAACACCACUAAAGGAUGGCGAGACUGCUGGUCCCAGCCCCAGUCAAAAGGGUAGAAGAAAUAUUAGGGCACUUAUGUCACAGGAAUCACUGGCUGAAGCUACCCAGAAAGCAACCUUAGAAGAAAUGGAGAGAAUAGAACGAUUGAAGGAUCGUCACAAAAUUAUAGAAUCAUUUUCACAGUCACUCAGUAAUAGCGUGUCCCACGAUGAGGAAACAGUCCCUUUUGCUCUUGAUGUGGAUGAGAAAACAGGAGAACCAUUGAUUGAAGUGAAUUCGAAGUUAGCUGACAAACUAAAACCUCAUCAGAGAAUGGGGAUACAGUUUAUGUGGGAUUCAUGCUAUGAAAGUCUUGAGCGAAUGAAAAAGCAUGAUGGGUCUGGUUGCGUUUUGGCUCAUUGUAUGGGCUUGGGAAAAACUCUUCAGGUUAUUACUCUUAUCAACACAUUGUUCAACUACGAGACAACAAAUACCAAACACGUCUUAGUUGUUUGCCCACUUUCCACUGUGAAUAACUGGGAUAAUGAAGUGAAGUUUGCAUUCAAAGGAAUUGAAGAAGAACAAAAUUUCAAAGUUUUUCCCGUGUCAAACAAUAGUGAUAAAUAUAAUUUAGUCAAAAAGUGGUGGUUACGUAAAAAGGCAUUAUUGAUUGUUGGUUAUGAGUGUUUUCAAAGAUUAACCAAUGAAAGUGAACUAAAUAAAGUUGACGAGCCGACUAAAGAUUUAAUGUUGAGUGCACUGAAUGAUCCAGGUCCAGAUUUGGUUAUAUGUGAUGAAGGCCAUUUAUUGAAAAACAAAAAUGCCUUGAAAUCGUUGGCUUUAAAUAAAAUAAGAAGCAAAAGACGAAUAGUACUGACCGGCACACCCUUGCAAAAUAACUUAUUGGAAUAUCAUCAUAUGGUGCAGUUUGUUAAACCAAAUCUUUUAGGAAAUAAUAAAGAAUUCAAAACCAAUUUUGUGAAUCCUAUAACGAAUGGUCAAUAUGAAGAUUCAACAGAAGAUGAUAUCAAACUGAUGAUGAAAAGAACCCAUGUACUUCAUAAGCUAUUAGUUAAGACUGUUCAGCGAAUAGAAGAUACCGAAUUACAGAUUUACCUUCCCAAAAUGCAAGACCAUGCAUUAUUUAUUCAAUUGAAUCAGGUUCAGGUGGAUCUUUACAAUCAAUAUUCUGAAAUUAUAAAGUUAAACAUUGGCAAAAAGCAACAUAAAGGAUUCUUCAGCGAUUUUUCAGUUUUCCAGUUAAUAUGUACUCACCCCCACCUUUUAUCAAUAAUGGAAAAAAUGAGGACUAAGAGAAUAACAGAAACGGAUGUCAUUACAAAUGAGGACGAUCAGCCUAUCUGCAAUUUGAGUGGUUGGUGGAAGGAUAAAAUGCCGAAAGAUGCCAAAAAAAAAAUUGACUAUGGAAGUAAAUUGGUUGUUCUUAAGGCUAUAAUAGAAGAAUGUGAAACAAUUGGCGAUAAAGUGCUUGUAUUCUCCCAAAGCUUGGGUGAACUUAAUCUCAUAGAACAUUUUUUGAAUACUUAUGGUACAGAAAAAUGUUUAUCAUGGAAAAAAGCAGAAGAUUAUUAUCGAAUGGAUGGUACUGUAAAUACUGGAGACAGAACUAAAAUUUGUGAUAAAUUCAAUGAUACAACUAAUAAGAAGAUAAGGUUGUUACUGAUGUCUACUAAAGUAGGUGGUUUAGGAUUAAAUUUGACUGGUGCUAAUAGAGUUAUAAUAAUGACAGUGAGUUGGAAUCCUUCGUAUGAUACUCAAAGUGUAUUCAGGGCAUACAGAUUUGGUCAAGAAAAGGAAGUUUAUGUUUAUAGGUUAAUUUCAUUGGAUACAAUGGAAGAGAAAGUUUAUCAUCGUUCUGUAACGAAACUAGCGAUAUCUCACCGGGUGAUAGAUAAACAUCAAAUCACAAGACACUAUCAAAGAAUGCACUUGCAGGAAUUGUAUUCGUGUAAACCUUCUGCUGACGAAGAACGGCCAACGCCAAAUGUACCCGAAGAUCAGAUGCUUGCUAAAUUGAUACUUCAAUUACCUUGCAUUUUCAAAUAUCAUGAGCACAAAGCUUUGUUGGCUAACAGACCAGAAGACAGCCUCAGUGAACAGGAAUUGACAGCUGCUUGGGAAGCUUGGAAAAAUAAUGAAAAUUCUGCCAAUACUCCAGCAAAACCACAUGCAGUUCUACCACAAAGAACUCAGGCAGUCCCUCCGCAAAAGACUCAGGGAGUCCCUCCGCAAAAGGCUCAGGGAGUCCCUCCGCAAAAGGCUCAGGGAGUCCCUCCGCAAAAGGCUCAGGGAGUCCCUCCACAAAAGGCUCCGGGUGUCCCUCCACAAAAGGCUCAGGGAGUCCCUCUACAAAAGGCUCAGGGAGUCCCAACACAAAAGGCUCAGGGAGUCCCAACACAAAAGUCUCAGGCUUUACCAGCACAAAGGGUUCAGGCAGUACCACAACAAAAUAAUCAGGCAGUCCCUCCUCAAAAUAACCAUGCAGUUUUUCAUCCAAUGAGUCAUGUAGCAAACCCUCCAUUGCCCCCUUUGAUUGAAGCCCUAAACUAUGGUGUUGGCCGAUCUAACCUGAAUCAGCUUGCCAAUACCAACCUAUCUAGAGCACCACCAAUUAAUUCUUCAUUAGAUGAUAAUUUAAGGCAGUACUACAUUCCAAAAAAAAACGUUAUUGUCUCUUCUCCCACAGUGAAUUCACAUAUUAUUGAAAAUCGCACUAGUAAUGGUGUUCUACCUAGUCAAAAACUGUUGUCUACUUCAGAAAAUACAAAUCAAUCAGAAUCAACAAGAAACAUUUCAAAACGUGUCAGUAAAGUUAUUCCACCCAGUAGGUUCAGACGUCAAGACAAUGUGUUACCUACAGUACCUGUUGCAAAAAAAAUCAACUUUUCAUCUAAAUCUGUGAGAAAAUACAAUUUGAUUAAGUCAUCAACUAUUAGUGCUGAUACGCGGUUCCAAAACAGCAGUCUCGCUCCAGGACUUACCAGUGUUAAUAAGAAUAUGGAAAGACUACAAGGAAACAAUAAAACAAACUUGAUGCUUCCAAACAUGCCGAAAGAUAUCAAUGUUGUUAAAUCAAAAUCGCCAAAAAUUUUAGGAACAGAAAGAAGACUGGUUCCAUGUCCAUUACCUCUAGGUAUUCAUUCUAACGUCAAAGAAAAUCCAUUUAACAGAAACCAAACCAAGAGUCAAGUUAACAUCGGCAACUCUACAAAUGAGACGGGUAACGUGAGAAGUAAACAAAUGAACUCGGUUUCAUCUUCAAGUGGCAAUGAAUUUAACAAAAAAAGGCAUUCAAAUGAAAAUUCUCUUCCACCUCAAGAUAGGAGAAAUUUGGUGAGCAAAAGACGACAUUUAGAUGAUUCUUCAAAAAAGUCUAAGAGAAUCAAAGGAGCUCAUGUACCAUUAGGCAACAAAGGGGAUGUUUCAACAAUUAUUUUAGAUGACAUACCCAAGAAACCUCAUCAAAAAGAAAACGGCACAGGAUCUAGUAAUGAAAGUAGGCUAGUCUCAAUUAAUAUAGAUGAUGAAGCUGAUGUAAUUUUUGACACUUCUUCUGAAUCUGGUUCUUUAUCAAAUGAAAUUAUCAACAAUUUGAAACUGAGCGGAGUUUCAGUUCGCCCAGUAAACAGAGAUUUUAACAUUGACACGGUUUGUUUGGAAAGUAGGGCUUGCAGUGACUUCAGAAAUCUGUUAGCUACCUACAAUUAUACUUUAACAAUAACUGAACCGACCAGGGUCACUCCCCAGUCCAGCAGUUGACUUGAUUAAUAUCAUUACAAACUUUGAAGGAGAUAUGAAAGGAAAAGUCAUUGAAACAGGUAUAUCGGACCACUCAGGGCAGGU